UGAAUAGAGUGUUAUCAACUCGGCUCAUUAAGGUUCCGAGCCAAUCUCAAAUUCGUAUCGAGCCUUAUCAAACCGAGUUUUGACCGAACCGAGCUCAAAUAGUUUACGAAUAGUCCAGUCUCAUUAUUACCCCUACUCAAGACCUCUAGUAGCUUACAAGCUAACGAACUAAACUACUAAGGUCAAAUAGUGUCAUACGACUCAUCACCGUUAGCCCGCUACCCGCCUACCCCUGGACCCUAAACCCCCCCCCCCAAAAAAAAAAAAAAAAAAAAAAAAAAAAAAACCACGCUGAACCUAAGCGACAGAUUGAAUAACGGAAAAAAAAAUACGAAGAACAACAACAAAACUUCUCUCUCUUGGAUAUUUUGAAUAAACCUGACGGAAAAUUGGAACCAGCACUGCCACCGUCCACCGCACGUCCGGCGUCCCGACGUUCGCACACCCGCACUCCAGGGCCCUAGACAAGGCAUAAAAAGGCAUAGUGAUGUCUACGAAAGCAGGAGCAGCGCCAUCUACAUAUUCUCCUUCAACCCAAAAGAAGAAACCUCAAAAACCCACCUUCAAUCACUCUAAUGCCGUUCGUUCUGAUGGUCGUGGCUUUUACCAGUGUAGACCUGCUUACUUGAGGACUGGGGCUGUCAAUGCUGCUGGUGGUUCUGCAUAUGCAGAAUUUGGCAACACCAAGGUCAUUGUGUCUGUAUUUGGACCAAGAGAAAGUAAGAAGGCAAUGAUGUACAGUAAUGUUGGCCGGCUAAAUUGCAGUGUCAGCUAUACACCUUUUGCUACCCAAAUUCGUGGACAGGGCUCUGAACACAAAGAGUUUUCCUCAGUGCUCCAUAAAGCUUUAGAGGGUGCAAUAUUACUGGAAUCAUUCCCCAAGACAACCGUUGAUGUCUUUGCAUUAGUAAUGGAAUCUGGUGGAAGUGAUCUCCCGGUUAUCAUAUCAUGUGCCAGUCUUGCUCUAGCUGAUGCGGGGAUCAUGAUGUAUGAUAUGGUUGCUGCAGUUUCUCUGUCAUCUCUUGGGCCAAAUCUCAUCAUUGAUCCUCUUCUAGAGGAGGAAUGCUGCCAAGAUGGAAGCUUAAUGUUUACCUACAUGCCUUCUCGUUCUGAGGUCACACAGUUGGCUAUUACUGGAGAAUGGACAACCCCAAAGAUUCAUGAGGGAAUGGAGCUCUGUGUAGAUGCCUCUAAGAAGCUUGCUGAUAUCAUGAGAUCGUGCCUGAAAGAAGCUGAUUCUCCUUCGAAUGAGUAAUUUGAAACAUUUGCAUGUUAUCACACCCCCCCCCCCCCCCCAAUUAUUUUUCAGCAAAAAAAACUUUCUUUUCCAUUCAGAUAUUUCUUCUACCCAAACCAUGAACUUUUUUUUUUUUCGUCUUGAUGGUAGGAAUUUCACUGUAGGAUUUUCCCCAAUUUUGUCAUACUAUCUAUUCCUCUGUAUAUACCAUACUUUCAACUGGUUUAUUUUUAAGGAAAAAUUGACAUUUA